AUGGCGGAGGAUCAGGAGAAGCCGCUCAACUUCUCGCUCAAGCAUCUCACUGACGGUAAGCCUCGUCUACUUCAUUUUACCUAUCGUAAAUUUUAAUUCUGUCUUUAAAACUAAUUCUUAAAAUUGUUGACAUCUAUUUUUACAUCGUCAGUAAAUAAAAUCUUACCACACACAUUACACAUUCAGUGGCAGUCAUAACAUGAUUACCUUUACUCUGUAAAUCCACAGAAAUCAAAAGAACUCACCCUCGACGUCACGGCAAUCCCUUAAUUGGUCUUUCUUGAGCCGAAGACGUUUGAGGCCUGAGGAGACCCCCUCCGGCACCAGAAUCAUUACCUCUUAAUCCCAAAAUUCGAAAGAUUACUUUUUAAUUUCCUUCAGAGAAGACGACGCCAGCCAGUCCAGUCAACAUGGGCUUCACGGAGCAGUCUUCAGAAUCCCCCCACAUCGACUCCGUGUCUCCAAGUCGAGAAUCUGGAGGCGAUCGACGGUCGUCGUCUCCAGAAGACGGGUCUGAUCCUCAGAUCUCGGCCGCCAUUAGUGCCAUGUUCAGUUCGUCGCCUUUCAUGAACAGCAACUUGAGGAUACCCCCGCCCAACUAUUCUCAACUUUUCGGCGGAUCCAUGCCUUUCUUCAACCAAGGUAACUAGUUUUGUGUAAUGCAAAUAACUUUAUCUUACAGUAAACUUAUGAUUGUAGUUCUUUCUUUACAAAGUAUUUUCAGCAUCGUACAUGCAAAACAUAGCCGCCAUGUCAGCUGCAGUAAAUGCCUACAAUCAGAAGAGCGGAUGGUAAGUACCGUUUACGUUUAUUAAUCGUAAAAAGACUACUACUAUAGUAAUUUAUUUGACAGUAAACGUUAGAAAUACGUAUACAAUAGCAAAGUCGCAACAAAAGUUUGUAAAUAAUCACAUUUCCUUGGAAUGACAUUACUAUUUAGUAGUGUAAAUGACGGCACCACAAUCUCCGUGAACUCUUUCAACGCCAGCUCACCCCGCUCCCGUUCCCCCACUCCAGUCAAUGCUUCUGGAGCCCAGUUAUCGUGCGCCGUCUGUGGCGACGUCUCUAGUGGCAAGCAUUACGGUAUUCUAGCCUGUAACGGGUGUUCUGGAUUCUUCAAAAGAAGUGUCCGACGACGUCUGAUCUACCGUUGUCAAGCCGGGACUGGCCAAUGUGUAGUAGAUAAAGCCCAUCGGAACCAAUGUCAGGCAUGCCGUCUGAAGAAGUGUCUGGCCAAAGGGAUGAACAAGGACGGUAAGUGCACGGUAACCAACCCAUGCAUCCUCAGUUGUGUCUGUUCCAGCUGUACAAAACGAACGACAACCCAGAAACACGGCCACAAUCCAGAAUCCGGUGGAAGCGGACUUCUACAACUCCAACUUCCUACAAGAGUGCCCGAGUGUGUUAUCGACCACGGUCGACCUGAACAAUGUCAACUUCGACUUGAAUUCGAAAAGUUGCAAGAGUUCGCUGGAUUCAGAAUUGAAAGAGCUCAGUGCAAACACCAAUCCCGAAGUAUCCUCGAGGUUACUGUUUAUGGCCAUCAAAUGGGCCAAAGCACUGCCCAGCUUCGCGCAACUCCAAUUGCAAGAUCAGGUAAAGAAGAGGCUGUUUGAGGAGAUAGCGAAUUACCCUAGCAUACUUAUUUAUACCAUGAUAUAACAAAGUUUGAAAUCAAAAAGUGUUUUGACCAGUAACCAUAAGUACUCUUUCAGAAUACCUUAUUGGAGAACGCGUGGCCUGAACUGUUUCUUUUGAGUGCCUUCCAAUGGUCAAUGGAGAUGGACAAGUGUCCUUUGUUCGAAGGAACGGCCCAGUCCAGUUUGAUAAAACCGCUAGUCACUCUCUUUGAACUGUUUAAAACAAGAUCACCAGAUCAAGCUGAACUUGCUUGUCUGAAAGCAUUGGUACUAUUCAAACCAGGUAAGCAAACAAAACAUAAGAAACCCCCUUGUAAUAAGCUCUGACAAUAUUACACUUUACUGAAAACACCGUACCUAAAGUUUACAAUAAAAAUUACAGAAAUCAGAGGUCUCCGAAACAACGCUCAAGUUGAACGACUCCAAGACCAAGCUCAAGCCAUGCUACAACAACAUAGUUGUAACAAGGAAGGCACUUCUCCCAGAUUUGGGAAGCUGCUACUGCUUCUACCGCCGCUUCGAACCGCUUCUGUACCCAAACUCAUGGAGAAAGUCUUUCUAAAUGGUGCUCUAAAUGGCAAAACCGUGGCCUCAGUGAUCGAUGAUAUCGGAAAAUAG